AUGAGUGCUCUCCUAUUAGUUGCUCUAUGCGCGUUUAUCGCGUACAAAUUUUUCUCAAGAAAAACAGUUAUUGUCUAUAAAAAUACAAAACAUGGAGUGGAAAAAGUUGAUUUAAAAGAAGCACCCGGGCCUCUACCUUUGCCAAUCAUGGGGAAUCUACAUCUAUUAGCAAAAAAUGAGUCGCCAUUUCAGUCGUUCACUGAAUUGGCUAAAAAGUACGGUGACAUAUUUAGCAUGAAAUUGGGCAGUUCUCAGUGUUUAAUAGUGAACAAUUUAGAACUUAUUCGCGAGGUUUUGAAUCAAAAUGGGAAAUUCUUCAGUGGAAGACCAGACUUUCUGCGUUUCCACCAGCUCUUUGAUGGGGACAGGAAUAAUUCAAGAUUUUCGCCUGGAAAAAUUUUCGCGAAUUUAGUAAGAAGCCUAAAAGCGACUCCUGCGCCUUGCCAUUACCAAGAACCAUACAGAAAACCAUACAAACAAUAG